GAUACACCGGAUACUGAUAAAUCCAAGAAAAUGAUACCUACUAAAUCAUCUUCGUAUGGGCCACAAAAUGAAAAUACUUUAAAAACUUCUGACAAAGAAGAUAACGAAAUUCAAUCAAUUGCAUCACGUCUCAAUCGAGGCCAUUUACUUUUAACAUUAAUAGACCAAAUUCGGUCUGUUAAUCUUAUUUUAUUGGAAACUUUGUUGGUAAAAAUUAAAUAUUUUUUACAAGCUGAACAGGAAGGGAUUGGAAAACAAGCAAUAAAGAAAGCUUUAUUUAAUGCAUUAAGUACAGGGUUGGAUUAUACAAAAAAAGACACCGGUGUUAAAUGGUGGUUAUUAGAAGGACCCAAACUUUGA